AUGGGAUUUCCGGCAUCUCACAUCCAACCUCCCCGAGCGCCUCACACCCAUACGGUUAUUCUCCUGCAUGGUCGCGGUAGCAAUGGCGAAGAAUUCGCGGAAGAACUCUUCUCAUCAACAAUCUCGAACGGCAAAAAUCUGCCUGCAUGCCUACCCAACUAUCGCUGGGUCUUUCCAACUUCAUGCCAACGAUACAGUACUACAUUCCGAGAAGAUAUUUGCUCUUGGUUUGACGCCUACUCCUUGGGCGAUAUCAACGAGAGACAGGAGUUGCAGAAAGAAGGAUUGACACAGUCGGUUUUCCACAUUCUUAAUGUCAUAGAAGAGGAAGCGAAUAUGCUUGAGGGGCGACUUUCUCAUGUCUACCUCGGUGGGAUCAGCCAGGGGAUGGCAACCGCUUUGUGGACUUUCUUUGCGGCAGUCGGUACAGGAAGGAUACAACGUCCACUGGGUGGCCUGCUAGCUCUUUGUGGUUGGCUACCAUUUGCACAAAAUAUCGAAGGAAUGCUAUGCGAGCCAAUCUUCGACAGGCCUUGCACUCCUCGGGGACUGCGCCUUGUGUCUGGAUUCUUCUUUGACGAAAUCUCCUCCCAAGGGUUAUCACAGGCCGACCAAACGGUUGACAGCUCUGUCCUUUCUACUCCGGUCCUUUUAAGUCAUGGAACGGACGAUGCCUGGGUAUCAGUCGACCUUGGACGGCAGGCAUCUCGGAUUAUCCAGCGGGUUAUGACGCACGUUGAAUGUCACGAGUUCACUGGAGCAGAGAGUGAUGGACACUGGGUCAAAGAACCUGAAGGUUUUGACCAGAUUCUUCAAUUCCUUCAAAAAUGA